AUGAUUGAGUACGUAUCAUCAAUAGCUAUUGAUAAUGAUAUUAUUGGUGAUCCCGACAUAGAGUGUCUUGAUGAAGAAAUCCGUAUUUUUGUUAAAACUCGUAAAAUAUUCAAUGGUCGAAUUUAUGCGAAAGGUAAAGCGGAUACUCCAGCCUGCUCCAAAGAUGAUUUCGCUCAAGAACGCACUAAGAAACCACAUAUGGUUUUGCAGUUUGGUACCUGUGGAAUGAAGAGCUUGCGAUCCGUUGAUCCACGUGGAAUGUAUUAUGGCGUUACAGUGGUUAUUUCAUUUCAUACAAUUUUUAUCACAAAAGUAGAUCAGGCAUUUCACGUAAAAUGCUUUUUCGAAGAAGCGAGUCGUGGACUUACAGCUGCACUCGGAGUAAGUAUGAUAGCGACAACAGAAGUGGAGGCACGUCAUGCCAUCCCAGGCUGCUCAUACAGUAUCCAUGCAAGCAGCAUCGAUGAUUUGGAUGCUGGUAGACCUGCAGGACCUCUGAUUAAAUAUGCUCGUGUAGGAGAUCGAGUGCUCCAUCAGUGGCAUUGUGAUGAUGAAAUGUUUGGCAUACUCAUUAACAACUGUUACGUGACGGAUGGUUUCAGCAAACGUGCUGAAGUGAUCGAUUCAAACGGCUGUUCAAUCGAUCCAAUUUUGAUCACGGGUAUACGAUACUCAGCUGAUUUGCAACGAGCAUAUGGAGAAAGUAUGGUAUUUAAAUUUGCUGAUCGACCUGGCGUUUGGUUUUUUUGUCAAAUUCAAAUGUGUAUGAAGAAAGCCGGCAUGUGUAAUGGAAUUACGCCACCCACUUGCUCAUCAACAAAAAAAACCGGAACAACGAAUUUUCUUCCGGAUCCAGAAUGGACAGACAUAUCAGAUGAGACCAGAGCAUCUGAUGUAGUGAUGGUAACAGCCCAGCCAUCAAUUAACGAAAAAUUGAAACAGCAGAAGUUAGAAGCAGUAAUGUCAGAAUAUGAAAUGGCACCUACCAAAAACGAAUAUUUUGAUGCAAAAGACAACCAACAUGAGAGUACAAGAAUAGUCGAGAGUCAAGUAACCUAUAACAAUGAAGAGUCAACCACGAUGGUACAUCAUUCCAAAGAAGAUUCAUGGAUAAGUAGGACCCAAGCUUCAGUCAUACUGACUACGAAACCUGUACUUGAAAUAUUGACUUCGGACACAGACGAAUAUGACAGUGAGCAAAAAACUGACAGCAGAGAGGUGGAAAAAUCGGUAGAGCAAAAAGUAUACCAAGAAAAUGCUGGUGAUGUUACAACCAUUCCAUUAAAUCUGAAUGAUUUGCUAGCUAAUUUACCGGAUGGUAUGAAUGCUGACUCACUGCAAAGAAUUUUUUAUGAUUCAGUUCAAGAUCGUCGCGCACUCAUGCGAAAUUCUAAUUUAAAAAUGAAUAAAGCUAGAGACAAGCAAACUCAAGGAAGUAAAGCAGAUGCAAGGAAAAAGUUUACUGAUGUAAUGACAAACAAUAAUUUUGGUGAUAAACUAAAAUCAGUACAGGUCUCUUGGGGUUCAUCUCGUUUGUCUGAUCAGCCAUUAUCUGAAACUUUUUUGCAACCUCAAAUUCAAACUGACAACAUAUUAUCAAUAAGUUCAAAAGCAAAACCUGAUCAGUAUUACACAGAUUCAAAACAAGUUUAUACCCAGACUACUGCGCCCUUGAUUGCUGGCCAAUUAAUAAUUUAUGAUUUGGAUGAAGAAUCACCUACUGCUUCUGAAUUAUACAGAAAGGAAGCAGUGACAACAAAGAUCAAUUGUGCUAUUAGUCGACAGGGAUUACUUAUUCUAAUAAGUUGUUUGGGAUCAAUUUCUGCCACCUUAUUCAUCAUUACUUUUUUUCUUUAUCUUCGAUUAUCCAAAUAUACUCGAUAUUACAAAGAACCACCGCUGACGUCAACUAGACUUGAAAGCAGUACAGCACACAUAAAGAAGUUUUCGACAAAUUUUGCGCUGAGAUAA